UUUGUAAACAUUGCGCCCAUGAUCCACACCGACUAGUAACUGUACAGCUGAAGUUGCUAACCUACUGACUCGAGAGGCCGCAGCGUGCAUAAUAUAGGCGGGAAAGUUGCGUUCGAACUGCGAUUCAUUCAGAUCAGCUUGAUCCAUCGUCGUAAGCUGAAGCGGCGUUUACGGACGCAGCCAAAUAAAACGACUCGCAGCAACGGCUUUGAUCUCUUUGUCUCUCUCUCUCUUUCUCUCUGUCUUGGCUCUAGACAAUUCGUUUUGAGUGCGGUGGGAGUAGUUACUGAUCGCCGUUCGGUUCGAGUGAAAAUUGGACCAAGACAAGCGGGCCUGACACUGUCUCUGUACAGAAGAAUCGCGUGUUGUUGAUCAUCUCGAUUUGCUGCUGCAGUCUCGAGAAGCUUCAUCCUCGAUCAGAGGUUUCAGAUUUCAUUUUGAUCGGAAAAUUUUAUGGUCAAAUCGUGUGCAGCGGUCUAGGCAAAGGUCAUUUCGAGGACAAGUCUUGUGGCCCCGUAGUACUACGCACGGUAGUUCGAGGUUAUAAAUAUGGAGAACUUUUGCAAAUUGGAGAAAAUCGGCGAGGGCACCUACGGCGUCGUCUACAAGGCUAAGGAUGUGAUGACGGGCAAGUUUGUUGCUCUGAAAAAAAUACGCUUGGAAACCGAAAGCGAAGGGGUACCAUCUACUGCUAUUAGGGAAAUAUCCCUCCUCAAAGAGCUAGCUCAUCCUAAUGUGAUACAAUUGUUAGACGUCGUUCAAGGAGAUCAACAUUUGUACUUAGUUUUUGAGUUUUUAAAUCAAGACUUGAAGAAACUACUCGAUUCCACCACUAAUGGACUAAGUGCUCCAUUGAUCAAAUCUUACUUAUGGCAGAUGUUGAAAGCUAUCGCAUUCUGUCAUGUGAACCGUAUUUUACACAGAGACUUGAAACCACAAAAUCUUCUGAUAGAUCAUGAAGGAUAUCUUAAACUCGCUGAUUUUGGAUUAGCUCGAUCAUUUGGACUGCCUGUUCGAACAUUUACCCAUGAAGUAGUUACUCUAUGGUACAGAGCACCAGAAAUUUUAUUAGGCUCUAAAUUAUAUUCAACCGCUGUUGAUGUGUGGAGUCUUGGUUGCAUAUUCACUGAAAUGGGUAAUAAAAAAGCUCUCUUUCCUGGUGAUUCAGAAAUAGAUCAGUUAUUUAAAAUCUUUCGCAUUUUGGGCACACCUGAUGAGUCUGUAUGGCCAGGAGUGUCACAACUAGAAGACUAUAAAUCUAUGUUUCCAAAAUGGGAACCUAAGGAUUUGGACGAAAUUGUUCCUACGUUUGAUGAAAAUGCCAGAGAUUUGUUUAAAAAACUUCUCACUUAUGAUCCAAAUACGAGAAUCUCAGCUAAACAAGCAUUAAGUCAUCCUUAUUUUGACGGAGUUAAAAUCGUUCGUCCUCCUAUCAAACAGAUUGAUGAUCAUAAUAACAGUGAAGAGUAAAGUAAUUUAUAUUAUUCAUUGACGAUUUAAUUAAGUACAAUUAUAUUGUACAUAAUUUAGAGUAAGAUAGUAAAAAUGUAAAUAGAGAUUCAUUAGAUUUAUUCUAAAAAAGUUAAUCAUGGAAAUAUUUUUUUUUUACAAUAGAACUCAAUUUUUGAAAAAAUUUAAAACUAGUUCUAAUUUGCAAUCAGUCAGAAAAGUUUUAUAUAUGAGAUAAUUAUCAUUUAAUUAAAGAAAUUUCAUAAGCUGUAUCUAAGACUGUACAAACUGCUAUUAGUAUAAACUUGGUGAAUGAUAAUUCAGUAGAUUUUUGAUUAGCAGUUUUUUGAUAAAGCUGUCGUUGAAGAAUCUAUGAGAAAACGUCGAUCCUCAGUUGGUGUAGGUGGUGGCGUUCGUAGCUCAUCAGCGCGUCGAAUUCCAUCGCUUAGAGAUAAUUUUAUAUGACUAAAUCGAAGUUGGUGUUUAAUCUAAACAAGAUUCAUAUUCAGUUAGACUCGAGAUCUCAAUUUAAUCAUUAUACGUCAGAUGUAAUAUGCUGAAAAAUUAGAUAAAAGAGGACUCUUUUCAUGUAAGAACCUGAGUAGUACAACUUUGACUCAAUACAAAUGUUUGAUAGUUUAUUUUUUUUCAGCAUACAUAUAAAUAAUAUUUCGAUUAAAUUUACUUGUAAAUUCAUCCAUGUAUGUAACAAGUUACAAGUCAGGGUGAUGUGCAAUUGUGACUGGAAAUUAUAUUUACUUGCUUUUCUAAAAUUUGGCAAUCGUCCAAAGUAUACAAAUGAUAUUUUUUGAUUCUUUAUUAAAAAUAAAACUCCCAAAUUAUGUGCUUGUAAUAUACAUUAAUCGAUGAAUGAAAUUGUACAUAUGCUAAAAUGUGUGUAACAGAAGUAUUUAAUAACUUCUUAUAAAUGUGAAAUAAUUUUUGAAUAAGUAAACAAAAUAUUUGUUACAGUUGUAAACGAUAGUUGUUUGCAAUGUAUUGAUUAAUUUUCUAUUUUUAUGUUGACUUUUUUACCAUUGAUAAUAGAUUGGUAAUAGAACAAAUUGUCACGAUUUUUUUUAUAGGAAAAUUACGAAUAGAAAAAAAUGUUCCAUAAGAUUUACAGUAAAUAAAUGUUGUUAUUAAAAUCAA